UGGCCGUGUAACCACCCUACUCGCAGUCGCAAAUAGUCACUUCAAUGCAGCAGUAGGUAACUAAAAUGAUUUCCCAUAGCUCAGAGAAGAAUCGGCAGUGACCCUCUUCAAUGGGGUCCGCACUGGGCUUAGAAAUGUUUUUACAUCUCUCUGCCCGUGAGAUCUCGUGUCACUGCUUGUUUGCUUUGCUUGCUUGCUCGCUUACUGACUUUGCUGCCCAUCUCGCAUUCCCUCUGUCUCCUACCCUCAUGCACCGCCCAGCAAACCAUUUGUUUGAAAGAUUCCCGCCAUAUGCAGAUUCUCUUCUCCUGGUGGUCAAGUCAUGAACAGUAGAUGGGAGAGGGGAAGGGGGAUCGCGGGUCUGCUCAGAUCGGUGACCUUCCUCCUUUAGGUAUGGUAAGCAUUUGAUUAAUUCCUUAUUCAGUGAAUUUCCUCUUCUCAGUCACCCAAUGACAAGAAAAUGAAGGGGGGCGAACCAGCCAAGCUGAAUAACAAGCCGUCAUUAAUAUGACACUGCAAUAAUAGAUUAG